AUGGAGCACGAGUUGUUUCUAGCACGGCAGAGAAUCGUGGCAGGAAAGGAAAAUGCUAUCUUUGACGAGAUAAAUGUCCGACAAAAAGUCAUGUCAAGAGCAGUUGCUGAUAUUCAAGCCAUUGACGAGGACAUUGAGCACGCAAAAACCGACGUCAAGCAAGAAUACGAAAAAAGCGUUGCAGAGCUCAAAGAAAUCUCCGAGAAGGUCAAGGAACAAUUGAACCGAUUCAAGACCACGCAGAAAGAUGCUCCCAAAGAAGAGUAA